AUGGUACGAGAACUUCCUCCGGGAUACCUCCCCCGGCCUCACUGGCCCGUGGACAGAUUUCCUCCCGACCCUAUCGAGAGCUACCGAUAUCAUCAUCAUGAGCAGCAAGACUUCAGGGGUCCUCCCAUGGGAAUCGAUAGGGCGUUGAGAGAACAGUGCAAAAUCCCGGCGAAAUAUUACUUUGUCGCCGCCGUUCUGGACGAUGGAACUGAGGUGACAUUCUCAAGUCCUAACAGGUCUCAGGAAGGCCUUGUCCCGAAAUUCUUCAAUAUGCAAAGAUGGGUCCAGUGGACCACUCAUGGAUCGAAUGCUACCAGCCCGCUUGUCGAGGAGCCAGACCUCGGCACUGAGGAGUAUUCUCGCCCAGCCCAUUCAGAAUACUCGAAUCGCCGCGCGUAUGACCGGCGCCGGGUACAUCCCAGUGACGCAUUCGAUGCCCAGCGAAAUCGCAAACGACCGAGGGCCGUGGGAUUCCAUCGCGAUUUAGACCUUGUUGAUGACGACCCGGCUCCUAUCGUCAAGGCCAAAAAAGUUUCGAUCAAGAUUGGCGACUCGAAACAAGUCUGGGAUCUCUAUGAUCAGCAGCGUGUCUACCUUCUCAACCACAUUCUAGGGAUGAUAGUGCAGCCCAAUGCGAAACAGCAUCCCGAUAUCCAGAAGCUGAACCUCAAUGUUGAAAAGCUUCAGGCUGCAACCGACGAGGCGUUGUCCGCUUUCUUCUUGGACAAGGACAACCCUAACAACGGCAAGAAGAAGCCAUAUCUCAAGGAGCUGUUCCAUGUCGCGCGGUUCGAGGAAAGAUACAGGAACGGGGAGAUAGAUGGUGACACCGACGUCUGGGUUAUGGCUGAUGACAAGACGCCGGAGAGUUACCAGUCCGACAACGAGGACAGCACCCCCUCGAGAGAGGAGGAGGAAACCGAGCCAGUGUCUAUCACCGUCCCUUCCACAGUGUCGCCGCAAAGAACCAACGGUACCGCACUGAUGCCUGCCCCUGCCCCUGCCCCUGCUCCCGCUCCCAACGAACACGACCAGAACAACAACAUGCAGAAUGCUUCUUUUCUAACCGACUUACCUCACCGCGGGCAUCCCUACCAAACCCCGAUGCUUUCCACGAAUCUCAACACUGAUCAUCACCCGUACAUGGAAGGCGGAGCGAUGGGUGUCAACGGGCCUGGCUCCAUGCAUGCGCCGCCUGUCAGUAUGGCUUUGCAAGAGAUUUGUCCCAACCCACACGACUCAAGUCGCCGGGGCUCCCUUUUCAACACCUCUGCAGACUUUGGCACGCCUACUACGCCAGCGAUAUACCAGACUUGGCAACAGAGCACCACGGCUCCCACAAAUUCCCCGAUGUACUCUUUCACGCCGCAGCAACAAACUCCGAACACUGGCCCGUUUGUCCCUCAGGCCACGGUUCCACCGUACAUGGGUCCGCCAUUUGAUAGCCUGCCGCGCGCCGGAUUCGAUCCCUCGCAAGAGAGCCUGUUUCGCGGCACAACCGUUUCAUCAGCGCCAGUUCACACACAAGGUUAUCCGAUGUCCCUCCCGCAUGAUCACAGAGGCUUGCAGGGCCAGAAGACGGAAGCACAUGGCCGGGGGCUGCAUUGA